AUGCUGUUGUGCUAUGGGUCGUGCAAUACCGACGAACUUAGGUGUUUGGGCAUGGGCCGAGUUUAUAUUCGGCCCAUACAAGUAGAUAUAACUUUGGGCGACAUAGAGGAUGAUGAUGAACAUGCGGAGGAGUGUCUGCUUUGUAGGGAGUCUAUCCCAUUGCGCGGGAUGCGAGCCCAUAUGGAAACGUGUCGGGGUGAAACAAGGCCUACAGAAACAAAUCAAUAUUUCAGAGAGGAAGAACGAGUUAACCCAGCAGAACUGCCCAAUCAGCCUCUCAGUGGCACUGAGCAGAACUCACUGGAACUGCCAGAACAGCCUCCUCGUGGUACUGAUCAGGCUUCAAUAAGUCAUGACGAAGCAGCCGCCAAUGAAGAGGAACCUGUCCCGUACGAGGAG